AUGGACCCCAAUCCAUUCCCUCCACUUGCUAGAGGCAGAUGGGGAAUUAACCUUUUUGCCAACAAUGACAGGAACAGACCAGGGGCAAACUGGAGGAAUCAUCUAGAUUUCGAAGAUGAGGAAGAACAUAAGGAGGAAGUUCUGCCCAGACCACACAGAGUCGAACAAAGGAUUGAACACAACCAGCCAGAACAGGGACGAAAUCCGCAUCAUGUCAAUGCUUUGAAUGACAUAGGGGCACUUCAGAGAAUGAUUAUAGAGAUGAUGGAACCUGAGGCCAGAAGAGGAGAAAGGCCCACCUACAGAAAGCCAUAUCUAGCUUAUAUUGAUCAAAUACCUCUAUCCCCAGGUUUCAAGUGUGUAGCCAUAGAAAAUAACCUUCUGUUAAAACUAAGGCUUUUUGGAAACUCUCUCUCCAGGCAAGCUUUCACCUGGUAUACUAGCUUACCAGCCAAUUUUGUGCAAACUUGGGAGCAGAUGGAAAAUGUCUUCCAUGACUACUAUUUCAGGAUUCAGCCAGAAGUCACCAUCAGUGAUCUUGCUGCCCUCAAACAAAGUGAAGAUGAGCCUGCCCAAGACUUCCUAACUAGGUUCAGAAAGCUCAAAAUGAAAUGCCGAAUCCCUAUAGAAGAAAAGCACUUCAUUCAAAUGGCUCAAACCGCCCUUAAAAUCUCGCUGAGGAAGAGAUUUGGUGGGAUGCUGUUUGGAGAUCUGGCAGAACUGGCAGAGAAAGCAUCUAAAUACGAGGAACUGCUCAGGGAAGAACAACAGAAAAGGAACUCUUCCAAAGACACAUAUUACAAAACCCCAUCUUCUUCAGUACAUUUGGUUAAGGUAGAAUCAGAAGAAGGCACAGAAAGCUCGGAAGAAAGGGAAGUUGCAGUGGCGGAAAUGCCAAAAUUAAAACAUCCUACCAGCUGCAGAGCUUUGACAAAGCCACCAAAUGACCAGAAGCCACCGCCCUUCACAGGAGGGUUUGUUCCAAACAAUACAGCACAAAACAAAGUUUAUUCCUUCGAUUUAAACAAGGUUGAUGCUUUUGAUGAGAUGUUGCUACAGAAGGCAAUAAAGACACCCCACAAGUUGCCCAAGUUAGAGGAACUCAAGGGCAGAGAAUAUUACAGAUGGCACAACUCUUGGAACCAUUCCACCAACAGUUGUGUUGUUUUCAGAGACGUCAUACAGGAAGGAAUAACAGCAGAAAGGUUAAAACUGGCUGAGUUGGCUAGAACAGAAGAGAGGCAACAUAUCUUUUUCCCCAACCUCAAGUCAACAUGGUCAACCUAA